CAAUCCAUAUUUGAAGUGUGGAAGAAACUUCAGUCAUCCUUAUUCAAUGGUUCAUCAUCUUAUCUAUCUGGAGUUGCGUUUUCUGAUAGAGAGGAGAAGAAAGGAAGUAUGGGAUUGUUUGAUUUGGAGAAGCACUUUGCAUUCUAUGGAGCAUACCACAGCAACCCGACGAACAUCUUCAUUCACAUGCUCUUUGUUUGGCCAAUUUUCUUCACCUCUCUGCUCCUCUUGUACUUCACUCCCCCAAUUCUCGCAGCUCCUCCGAUCCAGCUUGGUUCUGAAACUCUUCUGGUUUUCAAUUACGGGUUCCUAUUGGCCUUGAUCUAUGGCCUCUUCUAUGUGGGUUUGGACCGGAAAGCUGGCUCUUUCGCCGCACUCAUUUGCUUUCUCUGCUGGGUCUCUAGCAGUCGCCUUGCUCGUCUUCUUGGCUUUUCAAUGGCUUGGAAGGUUGUUCUUGCAGCUCAGCUGUUCUGCUGGACAAUCUCACACAGGCAUUCCUCAUGGCUCCUUUCUUUGUCCUGUUGGAGGUAAAACAGGCACUUUCUCUUAAGAAAUCAUAAGAAAUGGUUGGGUUUAUUGCCCUAAACAAACACUUCUCACACAGGCUCUUCAAUCUUUCUUCGGUUAUGAACCCUAUCCCGGCUUCCAUGCCAGUGUGGAAGCUAAGAUAAAAUUUGACAUUAAUG